AUGACUUCGCAUGGAGCAAAUUUGACUGUCCCGAAAAUGUCCUUCGAUCUGGAAAGUUGUGAGCGAUCCUCUUCGUCGUGUUCUAUCGACGAUAAAUUACCAUCAACUAACAACUUAAUUCGUGGUAAAGACGGACAGUAUGCAGUUGGCCAUAAACUCGCACAAGGGAGAUAUGGAGCUGUAUUUGAGGUUUUGCGAAAGUCCGACGGGAAGGCAUUUGCUUGUAAGCUCGAGAUUUGUAGCGCAAACUCUCACGGUCUCGACAUGGACUACAUCGUAAUGAAUCAGGCAGUCAAAAAAGGCUGCAACCAUCUGGUGCGAAUGAUUGAUCGUGGCAAAAUAGAAGACCAUUUCAAAUUCCUCAUAAUGCCACUGCUUGGAGAUAAUCUAACAAAAAUUCGACAUCAGUUCGUGGACGGCCGUCUAUCGCUCUCUUCCGGUUUACGUCUCUCUUUUCUGGCUCUCUCACCGAUCCAGGAACUACACAACAUUGGUUUCGUUCACAGGGAUAUAAAGUGCUCCAAUUUCUGCCUCGCUCCUCAUACAAGCCGAGGGAACCUGCAGCUGGUGCUUAUCGAUUACGGAGUUUGUCGCUCUUACAAAGACAAAAGCGGAAAUCUGAAGGCCCCCAGAGAGCAGGUUCGGUUCCGAGGGACAGUUCGAUAUGCAUCGCUAAGUGCUCACAAUGGGGAGGAACAAUCACCUCGUGAUGACCUCGAAUCUUGGUUUUACAUGAUGGUAGAACUGUUAUCUGGAUUUCUUCCGUGGUCCGACUUUCAUCACGAUUCCAUCAAUGAGGUAAGAGCAAUGAAAGAACACAGCAGAACGCUCGAGGGUUCUAAUCUUUUGUUCCAGUUCUGUCCGAGGGUCGAGUUCCGCCGUCUCCAGAAAUACCUGGAUGGAUUGAAAUUUAACAGCCAGCCGGACUACACCUUCAUCGCGGAAAUGGUUCAAUUGGCAAUGAAGAAUAACGGAGUGAAAAAGGACGAGCCCUUUGACUGGGAAGAGUGA